CUGACCGACCGUCCUCAGUUGCUAAGUAACCUCUGCAGGGGGCGGCUGCAGCAUCGCCGGAUGUACAAGAGCUCAAACUGUCCCGUUUCAGACGCCAAACUUUGAUAAGGAGGAUGGAGGAGAGCUCCGAGUUAUCUCUGACCAUCGCUCAUAUCGUGCAGCGGCUGAAAGGAAGCCAUUUACACUCUCAGAUAGAGAGACAAGCCAAAGAGUGUUUACAUCAACCUGAGAUAAAAUUGGAGUCCCUUAAAGAGGACGUACGCAGUUUUCUCAAAACAUCAGGAUGGGAAAAGCAGCUACAGAAUGCAGUGUACAGAGAGCUGCAUGUCCAGCUGCCCCCGAGCCAUCCCGCGGCUCCUCCAGAGCAUCUCAAAGAGCCGCUGGCCUACAUGCGCAAGGCUCAGGCCAGCUGGGAGAAGCGUGUCCUUAAAAGCCUAAACAGCAUGAGUACAGAGCUUGGAGUGCCUCUGGCUCGCAUGAGGCCCCCAGUGGAGCAGAAGGAGCUCACCAACAAAUGGAACGAGAUGGGCACAGAUGAACCAGAUUUAACUCGCUUUAGGCCUGUAUAUGCCCCUAAAGACUUUCUGGAGGUGUUAAUCAGCUUGCAGAACCCGAAUCAUGAUAGCAGCGAGGACGUCAGUGUCAGGAGCCACUGGGGUCUCAUCCAGGUUCCCCUCAAUGUCAGGGACAUCCCACAGCUGAGACAAGCGUACUCAGAGCUGAACCUGACCUCUGGGCAGUUGGGGAUUGAUGACCAUGCACACAUCCAUCCAGACUUGUUUGAAAACGAUUAUGUUCAAAUGGGGAAAAAAGUGGUGUUGGAGCAGGACAGUGCAGCAGCGCAGCAGUACAGUAGGCAGGGCUGUUCCACCGGGCUCCGGGCAGACCUGUGGGCCCUCAUCCUUAACUCUACUAACCAGCCACAGGAUGUGAUGCAUUAUGAACAGCUAACGGCUGGAGUUAUACAGCAUGACCUGCUGGUGGACAACCUCAUCUAUAAGGAUGUGAAGCUCACCGCCAGUAAUGACGACUACUACUUUGUGUUUGAAGAUUUCCUCUAUCAGGUGUUGCUGUGUUUCUCCCGAGACACCGCCGUCUUGGAGCACUUCAAAUACAACAGUGCCACUCCUCCCAAAUCCUUCAUCCAGGGUAAAGGAGGAGAUGAGUGUGCUGUCGUUUAUCCUCCCAACGGUGUAAUCCCUUUUCAUGGGUUUUCAAUGUAUGUGGCACCUUUGUGUUUCUUGUACAACGAGCCAUCCAAGCUGUACAGUGUAUUCAGGGAAAUGUACAUCCGCUACUUCUUCAGAUUACACUCCAUCUCCUCCUCUCCUUCGGGGAUUGUGUCUUUGUGCCUGCAGUUUGAGCUGCUGCUCCAGUCCCACCUGCCUCAGCUCUUCUACCACCUUCGACAGAUUGGGGCGCAGCCGUUACGCAUAGCCUUUAAGUGGAUGGUACGUGCCUUUUCUGGCUAUCUGUCUACUGACCAGCUGCUUCUUCUCUGGGACCGAAUCCUGGGUUACGAUUCACUGGAGGUAGUUGCAGUCCUAGCAGCCGCUGUGUUUGCUUUCCGUGCUGAGAACCUGAUGGAAGUGACGUCACUUGCCUCAGCUGAGGCUGUUCUCGCCGACCUUUCAACUUUGAAAGUCAUGCCGCUCAUCCAGAUUUUUCUGUUUGCCACCGCCAUCUGAGGAGCAUGGAAACUACAGGAAUAUGAGUCCUGGUACAUACAUACCGCUUGGAGCAUAAAGAGACACUCCAAAAAUGCCACUUUGCAAUGCCAUUACCACAACAACACUAUAAAUCAUCCAUCUAGACACGCCAGGUUAGAGUGUGGGAUAUCAGGAAAUGAUGAACCUCCACGCAUUACAGACUUUAUCUUGCACUAGUUCAAGAAAAAAGCCAAACCUCUUUUUAGCAUGAAUGCACCAUACAUAGGGAGUACCUGCUAUUAUGUUAUUAAAUGUUUUUUCAAUCAAUUUAUCACAUGAAAUUGUAUGAGGUACAAUACCAGUGAAAUGUUAUCCCAUCAACUCCUUCAACUUGUGCAUGAUUAAUCAUAUUUAGUAUGUAAGUAUAGCCUACAAACCAGUUGGGUUAAGCUAACCUCCCUAAGCUAUGGCUCCCUAAGCUCUGCAGGAAAGAUGAUAUGCACAGCAGUGCUUGGAUCAGUUGAGAAGCUCAUCAGAAGACCAGUUGCAUGAAGCAGUAAUUGUAUCGUGAUAGCAGCGUGCAAAAGAGAACAACAGUAUCUCCAAGCUUGGAGAAUGAAGUGUUAAUUAGCUCCUGCAAUUUACUCUGCUCUGUAGCUCCUGCUUGUUAUAACACUAUUAGAUGAUGCUGUUGCUGAUACAUAAGCAGAUUGGAAGCGUGCCCCACUGUGUUGACAGAAAUAGUCAAGCUGGAUUCACAUGUAACUUGGAAGCUGCGUUAUAUACCCAUAAUGGAUUGUAUUUAUGAAGAAAUUGCAUAUUACUGCUUAAGGGACAUUAAGCACCUCCAGUGCCAGUAUUUUGUUGUUCAUUAUGAACAUUUAUUUAAAAUGAUUUAUUUAAUUCCUAAAUGUAUUCACCUAUUUUGUUGUUUU